UUAUAAAAAAAGUGGAAAGUUAAUGAGAUGUUUUUAUUCUAGUUAAAUAGACACAGGAAUUGUUGAAUGUAUAUGUAGGUAUGAGUUUAUGUAUGUAACGUAUGCAUGUAUUACACAAGAAUGUUUAUAUUUUCGUUAUAGGUUAACACGGAUAAAUGUCGACCAAGAACCUGUCCAGAUAUCAAUAUGUUAAAACACUACAAACAAUCUUUGUCAAGUGUGGACAAUAUACAUGUAUAUGAUGUAUCAACCGGUUCACUAACACAGUUAUCACAGUCUAACGACGUAAAGGAUAAUUCGAAAAAUGUAUGUCCUUUGGAAAACACUAACAUAGAAAUAUCCAACACUAUUGUGAAGACAGUUCCAAACAUGUUGUCUGAAAACCAAGCACGUAUAACAUCAUGUUCAUCCUAUUUUGGUAGUAAAACUGCAAUGGAUAAGACAAUCAGUAUGCAGGAUGAUGUAACAGGAAUCACUGGAUUAUUCAGACUCCGUGAAUUAUCCAUGGACACCCCGGAACCGGUUAAACAACCUACAGUCAAUUAUGAAAACACAUAUAAAAUUGAACCAGAUUCAGGAAAACAUUUUGCCAUUUCUAACAUUGAACAGAUUGCUUUAGACAUCUUGCGGACCGAAAUAGGUGAUACCAAAUACGAUAAUAUACGGGCAGGACAUCUAACUAGAAUUGUCACAGAAAAGAUCAAAUAUAAAGUGAAAGAACUGAACCAGACGCGAUACAGAAUCGUAUGUCAAGUUUUGCUUACAGAGGUGUGCGCGCAAGGACUGCAGACAGCCAGUAGGUGUCUUUGGGAACAGAGUACCGACAACUACAACACUGCAACAUACCAAAACCAAACAAUCAGUGCAACCGUAAUGAUUUUUGGAAUCUAUUUGGAUUAGUUAAAUCGUGUCUUUCAUACACAGAUUCAUACAUUCACACAGGCGCAUGUAAAAGACAUACAUAUAUAACACAUCGAUGUUCCCCCAAGGAAAUGAAAUUUAGAAAUAACACGAUUUACGUUGUUUACGAUCACUAUACGAUAUUGUAUAUACUGGCGACGGAAAUGGUUACUUUGACAAUAAAAUUAUAUUACAUUUUAUACAAUUUGUACAUGUUUAUAGCAAUAUAGAAAUAAACUAUCAUAAUACAUGUAUGUUUCAUGUUAACGGCGGUAUAUUUGUUUUUAUUUUAUCAAUCCAAUUACAUCAGUGAAAUAUAUAUAUUCUUAGCCAUAAGUGUCGUGGUACAGAACUAUUAACAGUUUGUUUUAAGUAUAAGUCUCUUUAAAUUCACGAA